AAGGCUCUAUAACGAUGGACGCGGCGGUGCAAGACCUUGUAGGCGUACUACGCAACUUGAAGGAGUUUUCCGUGGACUCUUUUUCCAAUCGACUCUUUAACAAGUUGCGCUUAUGUGACAAUAUCAACGACUUUGUGCAGUAUAUUCCGGCUGAGGAAAACUACGGUGAACGACAGGAAGACCUCAGUAUCGAUGGGGUCGACGCUUCGGUUUACUUGAGGACCUUUGCUGAACAAGCUUUUGCUGAUGGCUUGUGCCAAGUUGACGACGAGAAAGACAAGUUCAAACUGAAAGACUGCGUACAGCGGGACAACGUCAAGGCCGCCAAGAGUCAGCUCUUGCCCAAUCUGACCUCGCUAUUCUACGCCGAACACAUCAACUGGGCUCUGAAGACCGCCGGUAAACCGUCUUUAACCGAACUAGGUGGACGAGAUGGUUUCGCGGAAGCAUACGAGAAGCGUGUCAGAUCCCAAGCCUUCGUUUCAUCUGAAAUAGCCAAAGAUCUGCUCGCUGGGAACCAUGAGUACAGUCUCGCUAUUCUCUUCGUUUGUGAAUACCUUCAUCAUGGACCUGGCACGGUUCCUUCGGUUGACAACGAGAUUUCGCAAUCACGAGCGGCAAGCGUACUGUGCGAAUGGAUCGGGCACUUCAGGACAGUAGACGCCAUGAACGUCUUGUCUGGCUUACUCUCGAAGGAUGGCAUGAAUCUACUAGCCACGAUCAGCAAGGCCUCCUCGAUGGUUUUCGCCGUCACCGUCGAUACCAAUCUAAGAUCGACUGGUCUGUUCGACCUCGCUGGGGCGAUAUUGCGCGACCCAGCUUUAUCCGGCGCCUUGUCCGAUGUUUUUGGAGGCAUCGCCGCCAUAAAUGCCACCAUCGGGGGGAGGUUGUCCACUCUUCUCGCUCUAGAUAUUCAGGCCUGGAGGUCCCAUUGCCAAGUCUUGGGGUCAACAUGGGAGACCCUUGCAGCGCAAUACGGCAAGGCGGCAUCGCAAGCUGUCAGCAAAGCUGAGCAAAGCUCUAUACACGUGAACGGCAAUGACGGAGAAGAAUUCGGCAGAGGGUUCUUGACGGGUGUGACCUUCGGCGGGGUCGGGGUGAAAUAUCUGCAAACGACUACUGUCACAGGCCAACAAGUAGCUGACUGGAUCAACAGAGGUCGUCACUCGUUUCCAACUAUGUUCAAGGCCGACUCACCGAACGUCAAAGAAGUCGACCGUUCGACGGAAACUUACAGCCCAAUUGCAUCUUGUUUCGUCGCUGGAACGAAGAUCGCGACUGUUCGUGGAGAAAUUCCGAUAGAAGAUAUUCGCGAAGGCGAGCACAUCUUGACGGACAACGAGACCAUCGCGUAUGGAACCGCUUCCGACGAGCAGGUCGUGUCGCGAUUGAAUGUGCCUGUUUUGAUAGGCUUCAAUGAUGAACCGGCUUUCUUCACUCCGGGACACGUCUUUCAUACCACAAGAGGUCUCCGCGCGAUAACGCCGGACAUUGCACAGGCUGAAAACGCCUGGCUUCAAGUUGGCAAAUUGGCUGUCGGUGAUAUCAUCUAUCGUCGGAGACCGAACGGAAAAGGUUAUGAUCUGGUGCCGAUCGAUUCCAUCCGGGUCGUUCAAAACGCAGAGGAUCAAAUGGUAUACGGAAUCCAUAUGCGCGAUGGUCACCGCAGAUAUCACGCCAACGGAUAUCUGGUUGCAGUCAAUUAUCCAGAGAUUACUAUCAAGUCUAUCGCGCGACUACUGUCUACCUUCAAGAGUCGUGAACGUAUGCGACUCCUUCGCGGCAUCAAGGAAUUACAGCCUUUAUUCCACAGGUUCGGCGUCGAUCAGAUGGACGAGAUUCUGAAUAGAGAGCUCGGCCAGAUCACGGCCGUGCAUACAACCGCGACUCGAUGCAAAGUCCAACACAAGCAUCGAUCUUCGUUACUUCAGGUCCGACGGACUUUUUCGCUCCAUCCUACCACACACACUCCUCAGACGAAAAAUUAUACCCUUCCGAAGGUCAAGAUACAUGAAGGGACAUUGUUGAUCGACGGGAAAGUCGUACCGCGAGUUCAGAUUGACACGAAACUGCACACAAUCCGAUGGACCCGUCCUGAACCAACUCAUGGGUGGGAACACGGAUACAUUCGACUAUGGGCAUCCGGACUUGACGGUGUCGGGAGCAUCUAUGUGUCGAGCGAGGAGGAUGCCAAUGCGGAGUCACUCGCUCGGGAAGGCUUGCCAACGAUCCCGUUUAUAGUUACCAAGGCCAACGUGAAACCUCACGACGAGGGUAAAGCGCUUCAGCAUGCUGCAGUCAAGAUCAUUCACCCAAACGCGUUGUCGCCAGAUCUGCAUAAAGACCUGAUCAAACCGGUUCCUUUCUGUCUUCAAGGCAUGAGCCCCACAGACAUGACAGACUCGCCUCGACGAGCGAUCACGGCUCACCCAGCUUUCGCGGAACCGGAGUCGGACGAAUCUUAUACGGACGGGGAAGACUACUACAAUAUUUUCGUCGAUAAAGAUCCCUGGGCCGUAAAGACCGACAAGGACCAGCCGAGUACACCGGUAGCAUUCGGUAAGAUAUCGUUUGCUACUCAUCACGUAGGAGGAGCGGAAGGAAUGUCGCUCCCAACGGUGCAGAUUGAAGUGCUCGACAAGAUUCGGGACGCCAUCAAUCAAGGCAAACAACCGGAUCAGCAAAUCGGGCCACUGUACGAGUGCGUCACGGAACUGGAUGACAAGAGUAACAUCGUCGCCACCAUAGAUAUGGUAUCGCCUACCGUGAUUAGCGCGCUGGCCGUCAAACCUGCCCCUGGCCAAGGGCAGACUUCUGAGGACGUUCUCCCUCCAACCUUUGACGUCGAUUUUGCGGAUUAUUCGCCAAUCAAGAGCAAGCUACCUUUCUUCUUCACGGUCCUCAAGCUUACCAUGUCGUGGGACUUUGAAUCAGUCACUGGCGUAGCCUACGCAUGGGAUCCUACAAAGGUAGGAUCCCUCGGGACCCGAUACAAAGUUGCUGGACAGCACAUCGACAUUAGCACUACCCUGGCCGUCAGGCGAUCAAUCGCCACAUCCUUAGCAGCCAUUCAUGCGACACCACCUGCGUUGACUGGUUUGCAUGGAUUUCAACCAGCCCCGAUAACCUUGGCUUUAGCGAAUCCAGGAACUGCUGGAUUGAACACCUCGGCGCUAGCGGAGAUGCCAGAUUAUAACGAUGCGACGCUACAAACCACUAGCCAAGGACUUUUACAAAAGGCGAUGCUUUAUCAUAUGGAAGAGGACGACAGGAAAAAUUUUGUAGGAGUGGUCAAACCGACGGUUGACGAGGCUGUCUUUCCCAGCGAGCUAGCGGAUAAUCUACCCGACGACCUGAAAACAUGGCUAAAAGAUACCUAUACACCGGCGUACAUAUCCUAUAUGCUCUCACAGGUGGAUCCGAGUUCAGAGACAUGGAAAGGAGACUUCGAUUCGGAGCAAAGGAACAAAAUUUGGUAUUGGUGGACCGGUCAAGGAGACGGUUCUCUCGCAAAGUCCUCUGAGUAUAACAAGCUGAACCAUGAAGCCGCUACCGCGGCCAUGAAAGUGCUGUAUGGAAAAUAUCUUGAACCGUACAAGGCAGACGGAGCGAGCUGGGCGCAGAAGUGGGGAAAGCAGUGUACCAAGCCCAUUUUCAUCAGGAACGUAAUGAAAAAGCCUAUCACCGCGGCCUUCAACCCCGUCCUGAAAUAUUGCAAUAUUCUAAACUAUCUCGACCCAAGCAAGGACUAUGCGGACGGUCUUUACAAGGCCACCAUUGCUCAAUGUGUCACCAAGACUUUGUCUUCAGCUUACAUCAAUCGCGAUGACAAGGAUGCCGCUCAGGCCAGCUCGUGGUUGAAAGACUCGAUGCUAGUUCUGAUCACCAAGGUCUUAAAUGACGAUCCCGCUAUAACGGAGCCUAUCAGGAGCAAUCUGAAGAAGGACCUAGCCGAGUUCCAGAAAGGCGAAGCAGUCUACGACAAUCUCAAUGCCGAACAGAAGGCAGCUCACAUCAUGGAGGUUGUAGCGACGCUGACAGUCAACCUGAGCGGCUGGAUGAGUGCGAUCGGGAAAGGUCUGGGCGCCGCAUUCAAACAAUUUUCGCGCUGGGGUAGGGCAACUGCCAUCUUUGAUGCCGGUCUUCAGAAGCUAUUGCCAGCGGCAGCCGGUAGGACUGCGCUUCUCAAGGGGUUAUAUAGUAUCGCCAUGGUCGGAAUGUAUGGUUACAUGGCGUACUCUCAGUUUGCACAAUGGAGCACGGCUAAACCGGAAGCGAAGGCUUCAGCGAUCAUCGCUACCUUGACGCUGGCUGUGGAGAGCGCCAAAGUGUCAUACAGCGCAUUCCAAAGCGUCAAGGCAUGGAGGCAAUCAGUUGCAGAUCGAGCACAACAGCAGGUUGACGCCGUCAUUCUCGACGACUCAUUCGACAUAGUCGCUCGCAAGGAUUCGUCAUUCUUGAUCAUCGAGAAGGAAUUGCAAGCCGAAUUUCCUGAGCUCGGCAUACAGGAAGCCAUUGGGGAAAAGAUCGCAGAGAAUACUGGAGCGACGAUUUACGAUCCCGAUCUUGACAUGGAAUAUGACGAGAUGUUCGACGUACCUCUCAACGAGGUCGAACCAACCCUUCCAGCCGGCAAGGUGUCUAGCAGAUUAGCCAAGGCGUUCAAUACACCCGCCAAUUGGUUGAAGGCCGCCAACAUCCUCCUCGGAGUGGCCAUGACAGUGACUAUGUCGAUCAGCUUAUACCGGAACUGGGGCGAUCUGACCAAGACCGGCAAGGCGCUCGGCGUGGUCCAGGUAGUGAUCCAGGCGCUGACGGUGAUUGCCGACGUGGUAGCAUUUGGCGUCGAUAUUGCUGUCACCGCUGGCGUCAUCGCGGCUGAUUGCACUUUAGCCCUGGCCAUACCUUUCGUUGGAGCGGUGCUCGCUGUUAUCGGGGUGGUCAUUCUCAUUUUGUCUCUGGCUCUGACAACGCAAGAGAAGAAGGACCCUCCGCCUACCGUUGUAGAGACCUUCUUGUCCGACAAGGGACAGCCAUGGGUUGCGGGACUCAAAGUCAAUCCUCCAGCCCAAUCGCUGCGAUACUUGCCCGAGAAGAACGAUUACACGGCGGGAUCUCAGCAGACGGUCAAGAUUACAAUUCAAAACCCUUCUGAUAAGAGCGUCGAGUUGAACGAGACCCGACUCAGCUUUGUGGGUGGCACGGGAGACAACGAUCUCUUUACGGACACAACUCUCGCGCUCAAGACCCCUGCCCAAGACGGGCCUAUCGUAGCCUCUGUUGACGGCUUGGUCUCGGCUAAGCUGGUUCCGACCAUCAAAGGCGAAAACACGUUCUAUGAUCUGGUAUUGAAAGGAAUCGGUGGCGCCUCGAACACGACCAGCCAUCUGAUCAUACCUGCCAACAAGACCUUUACAGUCGAGAUGGCAGGAACAAUCAACAAGGCCGGCAAGACCAUCCUCGGCAUCGUGGAGACUCUCUCAAACGGAGACCGCUGCCGGACGGCUCCUGUUUUUACCCGCAAAUGACAGUUCGAACGAAAUGACAGUAGUAUCAGAUGAUCGCGUACCUUCGGAUUACAGGCCUGAAAAAACAAGAAACAAUCGAAUCUAUAUUCGCAACUUCGUGUUUGUAUGUUAUCAAUCUGUAAGAAACCUCUGUCUGUGAAUGCAGUGUGACCCUUUGCACAAGAGGCAGGAGUGGCGUCAGUUUCAUCACCGAUAGCCAAGUAUAAGUGAGACGAGACUUGCAAUUCAUCAAUUUGAUGUUCUUCCUUUCAAGCGUGAUGUAGACUGUCGUGAUAUGAUUUCGACCAAUGUCCCGCAACAUACACUGCAAUCCGCC